UAACUUAAUUUAUACGAUUUGAGACAAAAAUAUUAAAUAUGAAGCCUAUAAUAUUUUUUAUAACAUCUUCUCUUCUGGUUAAUUCCAUACUAACACGCUCUCCUAAAUUGAAGGAAGCUGGUAUCUACUAUCAUAGCUCGCCCAAUAUUGCAUUAACUUAUCUAGUGUUGGAAUUAUCUACCAAUGCAACAUUAGUUGAUAUUAAAAAUGCUGUUAACACAUUAAAAUUAAUGAAUUCAUGGCUCACCAACAAAAGCAAAAUCAUAGUGAACAUUAAAAAAUAUAAAUACUUCGAUAUAUCAGAUGUGUCCAACGUUGUUCAAGCUGAAACAUAUUUAAAUAAUCUAUUAAAAAUGGAUUUUGAAAAGACUAAACAAUCUCCUUGCUUAAAACAUGUUAUCAUUGGUGAUGAUGUUUUGUCCAAAUUACUACCCCGCCAAGAUAUUGUCGUCCUAUUGAUAACAAAUAUUCCUUUCAAGGAUAGAAAUUCAUUUUAUAUUAUUGCGAACGAAUAUCCCAAUAAAAGAAUCGUGGUCUUCAAUUUUUUUAUAGGCCACACUGCAGAUCCAGUUAAGAAUCAUUAUAGAGGAUCUUAUCUAUAUAAAACUUUUUUUCAAUUAUUGGAACAUAUUCAGGAAAUUUAUGAUUUUCAUGAAAAGCCUAUUUCUUAAUUAUAUGAUUAAACUAAAUGUAACUAAGGCCUCGUUUAAAGUAACUGUGAAAUACCGCGAUGGCGCUCAAUCGAUGCUCAUUUAUAAAAUAGACAAUGUUAAAUUAUAUAGCUACGCUAUCGUUUAACGAUGAUUUACGCAACAUUCGAACCACAUCGCGUUGUUUGGUGGUUACUAUAAAUGAGGCAUAACUAAUAUUUGUUUAUAAAUUAUAUAAAUUAUAGUCUUUCAUUACUAAUAUAUUAAAUAAAUUAUUUCAAAUUA